AUGUUUGGCUACAAUGGCGAGUCCUCAGCUGCAGUGCCACCUCUCUUCGCUUUAUCCUUAAUAACUCGCGUAUCCCUAGGACAGUCUGAAUACUGGUUCGCCACCAUCAAAGUAGUACUAGCCAUACUGUUCAUCAUUGUCGGACUCAUCUACGACUGGGGUGGUGUCCGCCACCACUCUGGGCCAGGCCUGGAAAACUUCCACAACGGCCAGGCCAUUAUCGGCGGCUUCUCUGCGCUCAAUGGUGUCGAGCUCGUCUCGCUCGCUGCGAGUGAGUCUGCCAAGCCGCACCGAGCCAUCCCGCGCGCCGUUCGCGCGACCUUCGUGCGCAUCGUGCUCUUCCACAUUCUCACAAUCCUCACGAUUGACCUCUGCAUCGACUAG